AUGGAGAGGGCGGAGUCAGAUGGAGAGGGCGGAGUCAGAGGGAGAGGGCGGAGUCAGAGGGAGAGGGUGGAGUCAGAUGGAGAGGGCGGAGUCAGAUGGAGAGGGCGGAGUCAGAGGGAGAGGGCGGAGUCAGAGGGAGAGGGUGGAGUCAGAUGGAGAGGGCGGAGUCAGAGGGAGAGGGUGGAGUCAGAUGGAGAGGGCGGAGUCAGAGGGAGAGGGUGGAGUCAGAGGGAGAGGGUGGAGUCAGAGGGAGAGGGUGGAGUCAGAGGGAGAGGGCGGAGUCAGAGGGAGAGGGCAGAGUCAAGGGAGAGGGCGGAGUCAGAGGGAGAGGGUGGAGUCAGAGGGAGAGGGAGGAGUCAGAUGGAGAGGGCGGAGUCAGAUGGAGAGGGCGGAGUCAGAGGGAGAGGGUGGAGUCAGAGGGAGAGGGCGGAGUCAGAGGGAGAGGGUGGAGUCAGAGGGAGAGGGCUGAGUCAGAGGGAGAGGGCGGAGUCAAAGGGAGAGGGCGGAGUCAGAGGGAGAGGGUGGAGUCAGAGGGAGAGUGCGGAGUCAGAUGGAGAAGGCGGAGUCAGAGGGAGAGGGUGGAGUCAGAGGGAGAGGGCGGAGUCAGAGGGAGAGGGUGGAGUCAGAGGGAGAGGGCGGAGUCAGAGGGAGAGGGCGGAGUCAGAUGGAGAGGGCGGAGUCAGAUGGAGAGUGCGGAGUCAGAUGGAGAGGGCGGAGUCAGAGGGAGAAGGCGGAGUCAGAGGGAGAGGGUGGAGUCAGAGGGAGAGGGCGGAGUCAGAGGGAGAGGGCGGAGUCAGAGGGAGAGGGCGGAGUCAGAUGGAGAGGGUGGAGUCAGAGGGAGAGGGCGGAGUCAGAGGAAGAGGGCGGAGUCAGAGGGAGAGGGCGGAGUCAGAAGGAGAGGGCGGGAGUCAGAUGGAGAAGGCGGAGUCAGAUGGAGAAGGCGGAGUCAGAGGGAGAGGGGGGAGUCAGAGGGAGAGGGCGGAGUCAGAGGGAGAGGGCGGAGUCAGAGGGAGAGGGGGGAGUCAGAGGGAGAGGGGGGACCAGAGCAGUACCAUAGAGCAGUACCAUAGAGCAGUACCAUAG